UUUGGGAGCAUGUAGGACAUUUAAGAAAGAUGGAGCAACUUCAUUCUCUCGACCACCACUCCGCGCGAAAUGGGAAUAACGAAUGAAUUUACUUUUUUUUUGCUCUAGUUAGCUCUCAAACAUGGCUGUGAAGAUUCAACACUGGGGUUUUUACCCGUCAACAAGGGACCUUAUAGGUGCUCUAAUGUGUGAUUGUAGCACAGGGAAACAAUCAAAGCUUGACGUGCGUGCUGGCAGACACUGUAACGAUUAGUUGCCAUCGACAGAACAUCACAAACUAGAGCCUGGACCCCAACUUCCCCCCGCAGGCCUGACUUGAUUGCAAUUUUGAAUCAAGGAUGGUGAAGUUCUGUGGGUUUUGUGUUGGUGGCGACUGUUGUCAGGUCUGCAGAGACUCGGCACACAAAUACCAAAUUCAACGAGAAGGCCAACAUGCUACGCAAGCACACAAGGAUGUCAUCCCUCAUCACACUGAACAGCAUGUGGGUCUGUCAAUACAUGUCACUCAUCUACCUGCAGCUCAUCUUUGGCUGAGAGAUGAACAAGAGAGGAGGAGGAGGAGGAGGAGGAAGAGGAGUAGGCAGCAGGCAGCAGUGCAGGAGGUGUCGUCUGGGAGAGAAAUCUGACAAUGAGUUGCAGGUGUGUGAGUUUGUCUUGUGAUGAGGAGCAGCCAUACUGGCAGAAGGAGAGGACGUCCCACUCACUGGAAACACCUGGUGGAGUAGAGCCAUGGGCAAAGUGGGAAGUAAAUUUGUGGGUGAAGCUGCAGUGGAUGGUGUGCAAGCACAGCCACCACCUGCCGUGGCUGCUCCUGCAGCAGCUGUUAAGUUCGAAGGACUCACAAAGGCCAACAGGAUGAAGGUGAAAUGGACUCAGCUGGGUUUGGUGUUCUUCCUGGUUCUGUCCCUGGUGAUGACAGGAUGCUUCUUCUGGCAAUAUCAGCUGCCAAAGGUUCUGCCAGAUGAAGGCAGCGGUCAAAGUGCCAAAUCUGAGAUGAUGUGUCCCCGCUUCCCCGAGCCUCUCCCGCUGAAGCAUCCUAUUCCUAGUCUGAAAGAGGCUCUGGAAAAGGUGGAUGUUUUACUACGACAGAGCAUCAACGCUAUCAGCCUCCCUGCUCUGUCAGCGAUUGUGAUCUUAAACGACACUGUUUUAUGGACCGGAAACUUUGGAAAGAGGAACGGCAGUGACCCACUCUCACAAGCACCCAAUGAGUACACAAUCUACAGAAUUGCCAGCUUAUCCAAAAUCUUCCCCACACUGAUGCUGUACAAACUGUGGGAAGAAGGAAAGAUCAGCUCCCUCGAUGACCCUCUGGAGAAGUACGUGGACAACUUCACCAUCAAAAACCCCCUGGGGAGGACGCGAGACUCUGAGCUGAAAUAUGUGACCGAUGGCCUGAUAUUUCUGGACAGCGGGGAGGUUCAGAUCCGUUCCUCCUCAGUCACACUGCGUAGGAUGGCCAGUCAGCUCUCAGGCCUGCCCAGGAGACUCCGUGCAACAAAUCUACUUUGGAAAGGAAAAACACAAUCUGCUAUCAAUCUGCUACAAGACGAUGUCCUUGUCGCAGACCCAGGCACCAAGUGUCACUAUAGCAACCUGGCUUUCUCUCUGCUUGCUCAUGUAAUGGCUGAGUGGGUAGCUGGCGUCGACUAUCAGCGUUGGAUUAUGGACAACAUCCUGGACCGGCUGGGAAUGGAGGACACCGGCUUUGACAUCACCCCUGGAGUGCAGAGUCAAAUGGCCGUGGGAGUUUAUUCUAAUGGAAAGCCAGCUCCGCUCUAUGACCUGGGCUGGUACCGGCCUUCGGGUCAGAUGUUCUCCACCGCGGCAGACUUGGCCAAGCUCGCCAUGAUGCUGCUGGGUGCUUAUCACCGCAAGCUGCUGGAGCCAGACUCACUGAAGAUCAUGUUGACACCGCUCUUCAGGUGUAAUGACGACUACUUUGCUAACCGCACGGGGACGCCAUGGGAGGUGAAUGAGCUGAUGGGCUACGAAGUUUUGCGUAAAGAUGGUGAUCUGGACGGGUACUCGGCAACCUUUUCUCUGGUACCCAGACUGAAGCUCGGACUGGUAGUGCUAAUGGCUGGCAGCAGAACUCAGAACCAGGACGUGGUCACCAAGGCCUACAACUAUAUGAUCCCAUCCAUAGAAAAAGCCUUUAGGGAAGCCAAGAAGGUCCUAUCUGGCCCCCCAAACCCAGACCCUUACACCGGCUUCUUCACCUACAGCAAUAUUACCUUCUAUGAGAUCAAGGUUGGGACAGAUGGAGUCCUGAUCAUGCAGCAGUUUGGGCCUCAGAUUGAAGAGCUGAUCCCAGAAAAGUACAGGACAAUAAAGCUCAACUAUCUGGUCGACCGUGUGUUCAAAGUGGUGUUUGAGAAAGCAUACCCUUGUGAUUUGCAGGUAGGCACGGCCUCAGUCUCCCUGGAAGCCCAAGACGGUCAAUUAUUUAACUUCUACAUGUUUGAUAAGCGUGGUUUGUCCCCCGGUUUUGACGCUCCAGGCUUGAAUACAUAUAAUGUGGUCAGAAUAGCCCGCAGGCCGUCUUUCUCGAGCUGAACAUCUGCAAUGCCAUGGCCUAAAGACACAUAUGAUGCAAUUUCGGGAUGAGUGAGGGGUUGAAAACAGAGAGAAUGUAAAUACCAAGAGACCAAAUAAAAACAUCUGUGAAGAUUGUCAGGUCAGUGUGUCCUCAGAAGUGCACAUGCUGGGUUGAGACCUGGAGUUUUCUUGAAGACAUUUUACCAAGAGGCUUAUCGAGAUCCGAACACAUUCUGACUUUAAAAGUGAAGACGUGUCUUGGAUGUGUGUUGAAAUUAAUUCAGGUAAAAUGCGUGUAAGUCCAAUUGUCGAUAUCUAUACUACUGAGGAUCAAAUAAAAAGACGGAGUAAGUCUGAGUCACAGAGAAGAUCAAAGCUCUUCCUUCAGAGAGAGCACAGCAGGGACAAUGUAAAAGUCCAUCUAACCGUGCCAUGCCGUGCAUAGACAAUGCAUUCAUUUACUUUUCUGAAUGAUGUUUGUGAUUGUUUUCCUUGCACUUGCUCGUCAUUACGUCUCAUAAUUGGCCACUCACAUUAUGAUGAUAGAGUGUUUGUGUGUCUCCAGUCUCUGCUCUCCUCCAAUCUUCUCUUGAGUGAGAACAGCCGGCACACCACAACAUUUGUUACUGGUCAUUUAUGUAAUACACUGCAUAUACAAAGAUAACCUUUUUAAAUCAUGGACCAUGAGUGCAUUUUCACAAAAGCAUUAUCACGUACAGUACAUAUUUAUCUUGCACCUAUGACAAAGAAAGAAGAGAUUUAAUUUGCCUUCUUGACAGAUGCAAUGGGAAUAUUUUCAUAGCAAAUGGUGAAUAUGUAUUUUGAUUUCUGUUGAUUCAUUUAUUGCCUACCGCUUUAUCAUCCACAUGAGGGUCGUGGGGGCCACUGGAGAAAAUCCUGGCGGACAUAGUGCGACAGGCGGGGUACAGGUCAGGGCCAACACAAAGACACAGCCAUUUCAAACUGGAAAAUCAAGUUUCUAUCACUUUGUAAACCUACACAUACCAGAGUGAAAAUCAAUGAUUUUACAUCGAUUAAUAUGAGAGAUGAGAAGAUGCCUGAAGCAAGCGGAAUAUAAAUAAAUCUCUGACUGUCCA